CUGGCCUUUGCAACGUAAAGAGUCCAUUUUUAGAGAUUUUAUGAAAGAAGAGGAAGUGAAAACGUUUGUAUGAAGUGCCAGCAAGAAUCUGUUAGACAGUCUGUGUAUGAGGCAUCAGAAGAAAGAGUUGUAAUUGAUUUAACCAGUUGUGAGUUGUGCUCAUAUCGAAGACGCAGUGCUGUGCGGACUUUAGUAAACGUGCCAUGUAAUAAGAGCAAUGUCUAACGUCGCAGCUGAGGAAUAUGCCUCGUCGCUCUCGGAUCUUACGGUGAACAGUAAACCCCUGAUCAACAUGCUGACCAUGCUCGCCGAGGAUAACAUCGAACACGCACCUGCUAUUGUUCAAGCCGUGGAAAAACAUCUCCAAAAGGUGCCGAGUGAUAUCAAGCUGCCUGUUCUCUAUCUCAUCGAUUCCAUCGUCAAGAAUGUUGGACAUGCCUACAUUCCACUCUUCACCCAGAACAUUGUAUCAACAUUCUGCAGCGUGUUUGAAAAGUCUACAGGUGUUCCUGGUGCCGCUCCAGCUGUUCCUACUGUUGCCGCUGCUGCUGCAGUUAAUGCUGCGCCUGCUCCAACUCUCAGGCCUUCUUCACACCCAGCCUUGCGAAGGCCUUCUGCUGUGUCAAGUACUGCUGCAGCUGCUGCUUCAGAAGCUGAAAUGCGUGAACAGCUGCUGAAGAAACAAAAAGAGUUGUUGGAACUGCAGCAGCGAAAACUAGAACUGGAAUUACUUCAGACAAAGGCAAAGUUAGAGGAGCAGCAAAAACAGCUGGAAAGACAAACAGGCAACUUGCAUACAGACCAAGUUCAGCCAGUUGUGGCACCAGUUGGAAAAGAUGCCUUAAGGUCGCAGACUGGAGUUAAUGAUGGCAGACAGGUGGCAGUUGCUGCACCUGUUGUGAGCAGCACAGUAAAUGAGAAACUACCGUCUGGCAAGCUACCGCGCAACAAGACAUCCACACUUCCACGGCAGUCACGAGAUCCACGACUAGCACGAACACGUGGUGGUACAGCAGCAGCAGCAGCAGCAGCUGCUGCUGCAGCUGCUGCUGCUGCCCCUCUUUCCACUGCACCUGAUAGUGGAGCUCUCACUUCCUCACAACGUAAUAUUAAGGAAUCCCGUCUUGUACGAAAAGAUCCACGGCUAGAAGUAAGACAGCCGUCUCCUUCCACUUCUGCCAGUCAGUUGGAUGUUAAACAACCUUUAGAUGCAGUGGUGCCAACUCCAGCUCCCCAGCGACACCGUGGGUCCCGUGUACCUGUUUCAGCUGUAGUUGCAAAUGGCCGUGAUUCAGCAAGUCGUACAGCCACUGUUACCAGAGCUGAAUCUCCAGCAUCGCUUGUUGUAUCAAACGUAGCAGAGAAAAAUGUCUCUGCAGCAGCCAGCCGUCCAUCUCCAAAGAAAAGGGAGAGGGAAAGAGAGAAGGAAAAGGAGAGAGAAAGAGAGAAGGAAAAAGAGAGGGAAAGAGAGAAAGAAAAAGAGAGAGAAAAAGAAAAGGAAAAAGAA